AUGAAGGUUCUUAGCAUCAAUUUUGUUACCUGCGCGGUCAAGGCUUGUAAAAGCUCCGCCGACUCGUUUCCCCUCCAUCCCAAGGAUGCUGAACUCGUCGAAGAUGAGAUCGAGCUGAACCCUGACAUGAUCCUCAACGUUUUGCCGAGGUUAGACUGGAAGGCACUCCGUACUACAGCCUCAGAACUGGGCUUCCCGGAAUUACCCGAACAGGCUCCCUCAGCAGAGACUCUGCAGAGCGAUGAGAAGACCCUCCAAGACCUUCACCAUAUCCUUCUUGAGACUCAGAUUUCGGAGGGAAAGCUUGUCUGCGGAAACUGUGGUCACGAGUAUGCUAUCAAGGAAGGUAUCGCCAACUUCCUCCUUCCUAGCCAUCUGGUCUAG